GGCAUCAGAACUGGGACCGAUAGCUGGAACCAGGAGCGGUAGCGACUUCCCGAGUAUAGAAAUGGAGCAGUAGCCACAGCAGCGACACCCUGGGAACACAUGGAGCAGUAGCCCCAGCGCGGUAGCAGCGACCUCUUGCCCGUGGGGUCACGAUGGAGCAGUAGCCCCACUGCGGUGCUCCGCAGCAGCGACCUUCCCCGUGGGGACGGAGAUGGAGCAGUAGCCCCAGCGCGGAGCUCCGCGGCAGCAGCGGGUGGUGUUGCAGCGUCAGAGGAGACCCGAAAACCAGACAUUAUCGUGGACACUGGCAUUGUCCUUCCUCUGGCAUAGUGCUAGCUUCAAACAUAAUGGAAAGCCAAGAGUCUCUGUGUAGCACUCCCAGCCCACACUCUGAAGAGAAGGAUUCUUCGAUGUUUAGGCCAUUGGUUAGAAGUCACUUCCAACAGGCUCCUCCUGAUAGGUUCAAUGCAGUCUAUAUAAUUUUCUUCUUCCUUGGGAUUGGUUCCCUUUUGCCAUGGAAUUUCUUCUGCACAGCAAAGCAAUAUUGGUUGUAUAAACUGAGCAAUGCAACGGACCACUCUCCCCAGCAGAAUGACCUUGGUAAUUAUUUUGAGAGCUACCUCUCAUUUGCAUCGACUGUACCUUCUGUGCUGUGUCUGGUGAUUAACUACCUUGUCGUGAACAUGAUCUCUGCAAAGGUCCGCGUGCUGUCUUCCUUGUUUGUCAUGCUCGUUAUAUUCUGCAUAACCACCAUCCUGGUGAGAGUGGACACCUCUUCAUGGACCUACGGGUUCUUUGGUAUCACCAUGGCCUGUGUAGUCAUCAUUAGCGGAGCAUCCAAUGUGCUUCUGGGCAGUGUGUUUGGGGAAGUUGGAAGGUUUCCCAUGAGGAACUCUCAAGCCUUAAUUUCAGGACAAGCCAUGGGAGGAACAUUCAGUGCAGUGGCUUCAGUGAUAGAUCUUGCUGCUGCUGGUUCCAUUUUAGACAGUGCAUUGGCUUAUUUUCUCAUGGCUGAUAUUUUCCUCCUCAUCUGUAUUGUGCUCUAUCUGAUCCUACCCAGAAUCCCGUAUUCCAGCUACUACCUGAAGAGUUUGAAUGAAAGAGCACAACACACUGGAGGUGAAAAUAAUGGUCCAGUUAAUAAUGACACUGGCUCGGUCAGAAGUGCUUACCCUUCAAACAAUGCUGGCGCUACUCCUCCAUUGAAGCCCAUCCUGAAAAAGACUGCAGGCAUAGGCUUCAGCGUAUUUUAUACCUUUUUCAUUUCCAUCAUUAUCUUUCCUGCCAUCUCAUCCAGCAUCAAGCCCACUUCUAGCAGCUCAGACAGUCUGUGGACCACUAAGUACUUUGUGCCUCUGACCUGCUUCUUCUUGUACAACUUUGCUGACUGGGUUGGUCGUCAGAUAACUGCUUGGAUCCAGGUCCCUGGGCCAAAGAGCAAAGCUCUUCCCAUCUUGGUGCUUCUACGGACUGCUUUCUUGCCCUUGUUCAUAUUCUGUAAUUACCAGCCACGAGACCAUUUACACAUUGUGUUCUUCGACCAGGAUUUUUAUCCUGCUAUCUUCAUCUGUGCCCUGGGCCUUACUAACGGCUACUUGGGGACUCUGCCAAUGAUUUAUGGCCCAAAGAUUGUGCCAAAAGAAUUGGCCGAACCUACCGGCGUGGUGAUGUCUUUUUUCCUCACUCUGGGUCUUGCAGCUGGUUCUGCUUUCUCCGUUCUUGUCGUUCACUUGAUUUAAUGAAGACUGUUAGAGUGUUUGUGGGAUGAUAAACCAAGUAAGAAGUGCAUCGGACCAGAAUUAGACUUGCCAAUGUUCAUUUGAGAUAAGUACUUGGUCUACACACUGUAUAACAGAAUCAACGUUAGGAGACAGGGUAAUGAGCGUAUGAACUGUGCAGUGACUCUGUGGUUACUGACUGUUCAAAUAUCUUCCGCAUUAGGGAACCCUGGAUUGUUUAUAAAAGCAAAAAUUAUUCAUUGGAUGUUCAUGUUGCUGGCAAGACUAGCAUUUGUUGCACAUCUCUAGCUGCCCCUUGAACUGAGUGGAAAGCUCAGAUAUUUCAGAAGGCAGCAAGAAUCAACUGCAUUGCGUUGGGUCUGGAGUCACACACAGGUCAGAUCAGAUAAAGGUUGCAGAUUUCCCUCCCUAAAGGGUGUUAGCAAACUGGAUGGGUUUUUACAAGAAUCAAUUAGUGGUUACUUGAUUGUCAUUGAGGUGGUGUUCAUUCCAGAUUUGUAUUUAAUUCAAAUUUCCCCCAUCUGCCAUGGUGGGAUUCAAACUUAUGUCAUUGGAGUAUUAGAACCUUGGGUUCUGGAUUACUAGCCCAGUGACUUUACCACCACCUCCCCAUUCUGUUUUGAUGUAGUUCCUGUUUAGUCCUAACUACAGCAGGAAGAUCUGCAUUCAGCAAGUCUCUGAAAGGUUUUGCAGGUUGGUUAAGUAAAGGCGGAUUUUCCCUCUGGAUUCCUCAGCCCUAUCCUGAGGACACCAGUCUGUUUUGGACAACGUUGCACUUCCUUAUAAUCCCUUCACUGAGUGGAAUUACUUUGCUAGUGUUGCGAGGACCCAGGAGGUGAAGAAUAGUCAUGACCCACUUCCUGUUGGCGAAAAGCAGUGACAUCCAAUCCAAAGAACUUGGGGUGGAUUUGAAUUGCUGUUGGUGGACCUCAAGUAGAGAUUAUUAACCAUCCCCAAAUCAAAAUUUCUAUAACGUGCAACAAAAUGUAUUCCCAGGGCUGAUUUUAAAGAAACAAAAAUGUAGGAUUGGAUUGUUUAGGUAUCUAUUUUUAUACCUUGUUUAAAUUUCUAUGGAGUGCACAGGAGGUGCCCUCAAAAGCAGUCUUCCAAACCAUGUGGCUUCCAUGUUUGAAAGGAGCUAAGCUUGUAAUUGAGCAAUAAAACCGCCCAUGCUGAUGAUCUGAAACAACGUGAAGCCAAAAUUGCUGGAGAAACUCAACAGGUCUGACAGCAUAUGAGGCGAGAGAAACGGUUAACAUUUCGUGUUGAGUGACCCUUCUUUAGAGCAAGGAAGGGCGUUGCUCUGAAGAAUGGUCACCGAGCUCAAAAUAACAAAGUGUGGAGCUGGAUGAACACAGCAGGGCAAGCAGCAUCUUAGGAACACAAAAGCUGAUGUUUUGGGCCUAGACCCUUCAUCAGAAACUGUUUUUCUUUCUCUACACAGCUGUUAUCAGACCAGCUGAGUUUCUCCAGCAAUUUCUCUUUGUUUGCAAUCAAAAAUAUUUAGUGUUUUAGAGAAUUAUAAGAAAGUGGCUUUUUUUUUUAGUACUCCAUCCGUUGCUACUUUUAAUUUCUGAAUUCUGCAUAUAGCAGGAUAUAUAUUGGACUGAGAAUUUAUAAAAACUGUUCGGGAGUUUCUAUUAAACGUGUACAAUCUACCAUAUGUAUAAACUACAAACAGUCUUGACAUAUAGGAUAUUGGAAGGAGAAUGAUGCCAAAUAAAAAAUAUAAAUCUAUUUGUAACAA